CGUUGGUUGUAAAGCAGUAGACCAGUGCAACGCGAGUCGUUCAGGUUUCAAAUCAACAAAACAUACUGAAAAUAUACAUAUAUAUACACCCACACACUUAUACAUAUAGUAGUAUACAAGUACAAAAUACAAUUCAGUCUAUUUCUUGUAACGCGCGCAAAAAGUUCAAAUUUUUUCCGCUGUUUUGUUUUUGAAAAAAAAACAAGUUUUAUUCAAAAAUAUUUUCAACUCUUUUUUUUUGUUCUAGAAUUUAUAAUUUUUGGUUGUCUCUUUUUAUACUCAAAGUGCUUGCCAUGAAAUAUUUCAAGUGUUUACUACGCAUGUGAUGGGAAAAGUCGAAAAAUAUUAAUAAUCUUCGCCCUUUAUUUUUGUAUAUUGAGACUGAUAUGAAAGAAGAAAUGUUAAGGAAUUCUAUAGCGAAUUUCUAGUCUACGUAUAUAUAUAUAUAUACAUAUAUAUAGUGAAAGUAGAAGAAAAAAAUGCUAUGUUGUGGUUGCCGUCGAUUCAAUUACGAAAUCUGGAAGAUAAUCCAAUAAAAGAUCGUAAAUUACAAAAUUGAAUUUCCACUUUGAUAUUCACAAACGAAAUUUAUCGAGUUUGAGACACUUUGGAAAAUGACGUCAUGGAUUCUAAUGUUUGGAGCAUUGUUUCUAGCACAUCAAUUGAUAAUGGUGACGGGGGAAAAUUGCAUGAAAGAUGAACAUCAAAAAUGCAUAGCCUUAGCCGAUCCUUUACUUAAGGAUCCACAAUUAAUUUUUCCAGACAAUAUGAAGGACAUUGAUAAUGUCUGCAGAGCGUGGUCCAAUUUUGUGGACUGUAUUAGAAGGUACACUGAUAAAUGCUUUUCCAAAGAGAGGCGAGAGCAAUUUAAUUCAGCCGUUGAAGUUUCAAUAGAAUCCGUCCAUCAAAUGUGUUCGGUUUCUUCAUAUCAAACUGAGUACUUGCAACAUGCUUCUUGCAUAAAGUCAACGGUAAUUGAUUCAGAGCACUGUGGUAAUCAGUAUGCAGCACUUGUUAACGAAGUAUCGAGAAGAGAAGUAGUAAAACCAAAUCUCUGUUGUGCACAUUAUCACUUUCGAACGUGCGUCAUAAUGGAAACGAGAAAAAGAUGUGAUGGGAAUCAACCCGAAGGAACAGCUGCAAAAUUCUCAAGGCAAAUCUUGGAUAAGGCUCUCAGUUUCUUACAAGACCAAUGUGCAAAUUACAUACCGAAUAGUGGCAAUUGUCCUCUAUCGAUGAUGGAUAAUUCUGUGCCACUGUCAGUGAGUCCACUUGGCGAGGGUUCAAAUGCAUUAUCAUUGGGGGGCGGCAGAGGAGGGGCAGGUGGUGGACAACAAAGUCGAUCAUAUCAACGAACGGCAUCACCUGAUACUUAUGCAAGUAAAACCAGUGACUUUUACAGUGCCUUUCCUAAUACAGCUUACCCCACGGCAUUCAAAAGUACCGGACGUGCACUGAAUUCACCAUCAGGUUCGGAAUCGCGAAUAGCGAACGACUUGAAACCAUCCUCAGCUCAAUCGAAUGUUGUAUCACAAUUGAGUACAGAAAAAUCUGUCGAGGAAUCAAAGACUGAAAAAUCAACUGAAAGAGCAACGACAACAAUAGUUGAUGUUAACAAUAAUGUCAAUAAUAAUAAUGUUAACAAUGACGAAUCAGUUGCUAUUGUUGUGACACAACGAUCACCAAAUUAUGGACGUGGAAUGUCUUGGACGACGCAAACAACGAAAACUUCGACAGAAAUUCCCGCUUGGGCAACGAGCACUUGGUUAGCUUCAAACCAGAUUCCAGUGACUGAAUCCUGGUUCCCAGAGGCAGGAAGUUUUGGUGGUAACAACAUCGAUGAACCAAAUCAGCAAGGACUUUCAAAAAAUAGUCAAACAAAUAUUAGAAAUUCCCUAAUAAUCACACUAUUUUUAAUUAGCUUUGUUUUUGUAUUUUAAAAAAAAUUUACACACACUGCUCUAAUUAUUAUUAUUGUUAUUGUAUAAUAAGAAAAAAUGGAAUUUUUUUUUCAUUAAAAACUUCCAUUCGAGAGAAAUUUAUACAUUAUACAUACUACAAUUAUUUUAACAAAAAAUAUAUUUGCGAGAAAAAUUCACAAUUACUGAUACUAUUUUUUUCUAUUGAAAAAAUAGAUU